UAUUUUUGGAUGGGUGUAGAGCAAUGCAAGCAAGAUAAAGAGGACAGGAGUGGAUUAAAUGUGGGCAAGGAAAGAUGAGUGCAUUGGCCAGAUCUCAUCACCUGCUGAGGCAUCGGAGACUGGUCGGAGUCGUUGUCUCUGGACAGCCAAACAGGUCGGUGGCCAUGGUUGUCGCUCGCAUCCUGCGAGGAGCGCUCAAGAUCCGAUAUCUCAUCCUCGGUGGGGCUGUUGGUGGAGGCUAUCAACUGCAAAAGACUUAUGACAAGUGGAGGGAGUCUGUGCCUGAUAUGUCAUGGAUGAAGGAACUGAUGCCAUCAACAGAGACUGUGGAUUCCUUCAGAGCUUCCCUCAGCAAUAUGGGACAGAAAUUUAAGGGAACCAUCAGCAGUCUGGAUGUUGAUCCCAAGUGGAGAGAGUUUGGUGAUGAGAAAUACUCCCAGUUGAAGAAAUGGUUUGAUCAGCGCCUUGAAGAUGCCAUAGAAGCAGCAAAGGAAGCAGAUGAGGUCCGGGCCAGUGCAGAAAUGGAAUAUGAAACAGAUGUGUUCUCAGUGAAGGCGGCCCACAAGGAGGAACAAAGAGACCCAACUAGAGAGAGACUGGAGAGCCUGGAAGCUGAACUCAUGGCAGUCCAACUCAAGUACCAGCGGGAAUUGGAGAAAGUGGAGAAGGAGAAUCGGGAACUGAGACGGCAGCUUCUCUUGCGGGGCAAGGAGGCCUCUAGCAAGAAACACAUCAAGAAAUCCUUGAUUGACAUGUACUCGGAAGUCCUGGAUGAGUUGAGUGGUUAUGACUCUAACUACAACGUUCAAGAUCACCUCCCACGAGUAGUAGUUGUGGGUGAUCAGAGUUCUGGCAAGACUUCAGUAUUAGAGAUGAUUGCAGGAGCUAGGAUAUUCCCCAGAGGAGCAGGAGAGAUGAUGACCCGAGCUCCAGUCCAAGUGACCCUCAGUGAGGGUCCUUAUCAUAUUGCUCAGUUCAAGGACAGCUCCAGGGAAUACGAUCUCGCAAAGGAGAGCGACCUGGCUGCUCUUUGUCAAGAUGUGGAAUACCGGAUGCGAAACAGCGUCCGGCCUGGGAAGACCAUCAGUAACGAAGUGAUCUCGAUGACCGUCAAAGGACCUGGGCUACAACGCAUGGUCCUUGUUGAUCUUCCUGGCAUCAUCAGUACGGUAACAACUGAGAUGGCUUCUGACACGCGUGAGAACAUCCGACAGAUCUCCCAGGCCUACAUGGCAAACCCAAAUGCCAUCAUUCUCUGCAUCCAAGAUGGUUCCAUAGAUGCCGAGAGGAGUAACGUCACAGACCUAGUGUCACAGAUGGAUCCUCAGGGGAAGCGGACAAUUUUUGUUCUCACCAAAGUCGACAUGGCUGAGGAGAAUCUUGCCAGUCCUGACCGAAUAAAGAAGGCACUGAGUGGACUUCUCUUUCCCAUGAGAGCACUAGGGUAUUUUGCUGUGGUUACUGGGAAAGGGAAUCGCAAUGACACCAUUGAGGAGAUCCGAUCCCACGAGGAAAAGUUUUUCAAGAGUUCUCAGCUCUUCCGGCAUGGGCUGGUGAAUUCAACUCAACUGACAACCCGGAACCUGAGCUUUGCAGUAUCAGAAUGUUUUUGGAAGAUGGUGCAGGACACAGUGGAACAGCAGGCUGAUGCCUUCAAGGCCACUCGCUUCAACUUGGAAACAGAAUGGAAGAACAAAUAUCCCAGAUUGCGAGAACUAGAUCGAGACGAGCUGUUUGACAAAGGUCGAGGAGAGAUCUUGGAUGAUGUUGUGGCUCUGGGCCAAGUUAGUCCCAAGCAAUGGGAAGAUGCACUGAAGGAAAGGCUAUGGUCUCAUCUUGCAACUUACGUCUUUGAUCAGAUCUACCUCCCGGCAGCACAAACUCAUGAAUCGGGCACAUUCAACACGACAGUAGACAUAAAGUUGAAGCAGUGGGCCGACGGUCAGCUGCCGCGAAAGUGCGUGGAACUCGGCUGGCAGACCCUCCAAGACGUUUUCUGGGGUCUCCUCUCCAAGAGCCUGGAAGCCCGGGACCACGACACCAUCUUCGAUCAGUUGAAGAAGUCCGUCGUUCAGGAGUCGUUCCAGAGGCAUCAAUGGGAGGAUAAGGCCAAGGAUAUCCUCAGAGUCAUCCAGCUGAACGCCCUGGAGGACCGUUCCAUCAAGGAUAAAUCGGAUUGGGAUGCGGCCAUCAAGUUCCUCGAUGGCUCGAUUCAGCAAAACCUCCAGGUGGUGGUAGAAACAACUGUCAACGAUAUGGUGGGUCCUGGAAUCAUGGAUCAAUGGCUCAAAUGGCAGUCUCCUUCCCCCGAACAAAAGCUUCGGUCAGCCAUCGGCAAGGAACUGGAGAAACUCCUGAAUACUGAUGCUCACCACUCGCCGCACUUAUCGUACGAGGAAGUGUCCAUGGUGAGGAAGAACCUAGCGACGAGUCAAAGUUUGGAGGUGGACAACGACCUCGUCCGUCAGACGUGGGUUCCCGUCUUCCGGAAACAUUUCCUCGGGCUGAGCCUCAAGAACGUGGGCGACUGUCGUCGGAGCUUUUACCAGUAUCAACACGGCCUAGAAUCCGAGGUGGACUGCAAUGCGGUGGUGCUAUUUUGGCGGAUCCAGCAGAUGCUGCAGGUGACGGCCAAUUCCCUGCGUCAGCAGAUCAUGAAUCGCGAAGCCAGGCGCUUGGAGCGAGAGGUCAAGUCGGUCCUGGAGGACUUCAGCCAGGAUUGCGACAAGAAGAAAGAGCUUCUGACCGGGCGAAGGGUCCAGCUUGCCGAGGAACUCAAGCGAGUCCGCGAGAUUCAAGAGAGGCUGGAGGAAUUCAUCAACGCUUUGAGCUCCGAGAAGUAAAAUCGUCGCCGUGCCUUGUGAUUCAUUCCCUCUAAAGAGAUUUUUUCUUUCAAAUAAAUUGUUACUAG